AUGCUGACCACUCCACGACUUUCAUUCAGCGUGCUGUCGAUGUUGUUACUAUUGGUCGUAGGUGGCCUUUGCAGACCACAGGACACCGGAGAUGGCAAACCGGCAAGAGACGGAGGAGUCAAGCCGCUGGAGAGCGCGACUGGACAGACGACUCCCUUCAACAGCCGCAAUAGCAGACUUCAGAAGCCCACACAAGUGUUGAACACGGGCUUCGACGAGAUCGUCGUUGAAUCCAAUUUGCAAGUGCACAACCGAGUCGGAUCCAAAAAUAAGUCAAAGAUCAUGUUGCCUUCCAACUCGACGGCCUCGGCUUCAUCGAUGCAGACCAACAAAUCGGCCAGAUCGUUGGUGGUCUGA